UGUAAACUCUACAAUCGCAGUGCGGCCGACGAAAAAGGGCACACAUAGACCUCAUGAUGUCACUCACGUGCACCCACACCCACACGCACACCCGCACCCCAGCCCAUCAACAGGUACAUACAUGGCUCACUCAGCCUAUCGUCACUCAUCGAUGUCUGCAUGCCAUGCAUCUAUCUAUGUGCGUACGCCUCCAUCGAUCGCUGCACGCCUCCGCACACACCGGACACUGAAAAAGAGGCGCAGACAGGACAGGCAGGGCUGCCUGUUUCUCUAGGAAAACUGAUAAACACAGGGAACGUCAUGGCAUUCACAGCUCGGAUGUGGUGGUGGUGGUUGUGGCAGUGGUAGUUGUCUUGGCCUCCUCGAGGUUGACGGGGAUGUGCCACUCGCUUUUGGAUGGGUCCUGCGCACGAUGGCACAACGGACAGUGCAGUGAGAGACAUGGAUGGAUCGACGGCAGCCCGCUUCGUCACUGGCUUACCUCGUACACAGGUGUCUUGUGUCGCGAGCAGAGUUCCCUGAACUUCGCCAGCAGCCAGUCGUAGUCACUACGACGGGCACUGUCUGACGUCAGCAGCCGAUUUACCGACUGCAUGUACAGCAACAACAACAACAACGACAUGACAACAUAAGCAAGGCGACGUGGGUUGGGUUUGUUGACGCACCAUCCGAUCGACGAACGUCGGCGCCAGAGUGAGAUGACUCACCUAAGAGCAUAGACACAGAACACACAGAACAGACACAUUGUCAAGGUCGUCAGCUGUGUGUGUGUUUCGUUGAGUCGGUGGUCGCUCUCUCACUUUGGUUGGCUCAUCUUUGUGGAGGUGAACAAAGUACAUCAUGCCCAGGUCGUUCCUGUACUCGUCAUCCGUGGCGUAGUCAUCCAGGAAGUCGCCAGCGCCGUAGAUGAUGGGCCUCGCCUUGUACAACUCGAUCCCCUGAACUGCACACACACCAGACGGGCACACACCCAGACGGAAUGCUCCGCACGGAGCAUCAACACCUGCAGCCUCACUGUGGUGUGACGAAUGUCCAUGCACUAUGUCGACACCGCCCUCGUCGAUCAGCUUGUGGGCGAUCCUGCAACGCAACACGAUGGAUGAACCGAACCAUGUAUGCAUUCUUCGGCGGCUGACAUACAUGGUUUGCUGGUGUGAGGGGUGCCAUCGGUAGUUGGGCCCCCAGUGGAUGGACAGGACCGACAGCACCGUGUGGCCACUCCCACGCUCUCGCUCCAAUUCACGCUUCAGGUCACGCUGAUGCAUAGAGAGAGACACAGACGCAACGCACAGGGCGGCUACGUCCAUGCCAUAGGUGCAUCCAUCCAUCGCCCGACUAACCAUCUUGUGUGCCAGUUGGGUGAUCUGGCGCUCGUUUAUGUCAUCGACAUCCAAGUAGUUGAGGCCCUUCCGAUCCUCCGUGGCCGCCCAUGUGUCGAGGCCCUCUUUGUCUGCCCGACCUGUGCACAAUCCAUCCAUUUACGUGUGCACGGCCGACCCAUCCAGAAUGUGUAUAUGUAUGUGUGUGUAUGUGUGUGCGCGUGUGUCUAUGUGUGUUUACCGGCUCCGUGAUCUGAGAAUGAGAAGACGAGCAACGAGAUGGGGUGGCCCUUCACCGGCACCUCGACGGGCCUGAAGGCCUGCACACAGCGGCAGGGAGACGCAGCCGUCGAAUCAUGCACACGCCUCGGUGUUUGUUGGUCAGAUCAGAGAUGCGCCGUACCUCGUUUGCAUCCUUGCCAACUCCAGCAAAUUUUAUGCCUGCAUCAAUCCAUCCAAUACACAGACAGAAACCAAAGCGGGCAGGGGGCACACUCAAUGAAUGGCCGCGGUGGAAUGGCCCGAUCGGCCCACCUGCCUCCCGCAGUGCCUUCAUCGUUUCCUCCAUGCCCUCAUACUGACACACACGCACGCACGCACGCACACACACACACAUAUCAUGACGACACUCUCUCUCGUGCGUGCCUGUGCGUGUGUGUGUGUGUGUGUGUGAUCCGUGAAUGCAUGAGCACAUACCCCAUAGUCGAGGAUAUGGUUGUUGGCCGACGAUGCGUAGUCGCACCCAAUGACCUUGAGCAAAUCGAUGUUCUGGGGGUGCAUCCGAUAGUGGAACACCUUCGACGGCCAGGGGGCUGACAACGGCAUAAAGAGAGAGAGAGAGAGAGAGAGAGGGGAUGUGUGUCCAUCCAUCCAUCCAUCGGUUGCUCACUGUCGCUUGUGGUGACGGAUGUUUCUAGGUUGAUGAGGCGGGCAUCGGCCUCCUUGAACAGAGGAAGAGUCGUCCCCCACACCUGCCCAAAGUAGGCCGAAACAUGCACCAUUGAUGCGUGUCUUGGCUGUUGGCGGUGUCAGUCGGCGGCUCACCCGCUCGAGCUUGUUGGUGUCACUAAGCCCCCUGACACCCAGCCCAGCCCUCAGAUGAUCACCAAGCGCACUGCACACGGCGCCCGACGAGCAAGAGACAAGGUGAGUGAGUGUGAGAUGCGUCCCACAUCAUCGGUAUGGCUGACUGGAUUGGUGCACUGCGUCCCUCCCUCCCUCCCUCCCUCCCCGCUUACCUGAUGGACCUGCCGUGCUCCACUUCGUUGGGUAUGGGGUGCGGCAGCACCUGGUCAACUGUGUGAUGUGAUGCACAGCAACGACAGCAAGAGGACAACACUCAAUCUCCGUCAGCAGCCACUCACAAGACGAGUGCAGUGCAUCCACAUGGCUUACGCAGCCGGCCUGAACAAGCAUAGCAUGGAGAAGCAAACGAGUGAACGAGUGAACGGAUUGAUGGACACAGACGCGCGUGAACCUUCUCCUCCUGCUGCUGCCAGCACGCCUUCUGCCGCCCUCUCUGCCUGCCUGCCUCACUCACUCACUCACUCACCGGUCAUGCAGUCUCCAACGAGCGCCAGCUGGACCACCUGGUUCCUGUUGGGCAGGUGCAGCUGUGCCGCCUGCAGCGUGCGAUGCGUCGACGCCAUCUCGUUGUCUCGCAACACACGGGAGGGUUGCUGGCCCAUAAUCAGACUCCCAAACCAGGGAGAUAACCUGAAUCAAUCAACAGACAGACGGACACAGACAACAUGACAAGCACAAAAGCGUGAUGAUUCAUGCAUGCGACAGGAAAGGAGACAACGAACCUUUACCACGCGAGUCUCCUUCCUCUGCUGGGUGACCGGUCAGUCGCUGAUGCGGCGAUGAGAGCAGCUGAGCAUACCACGAUGGCCCAGCUUCGCGUGAGCUGCAUGCAUCGACACAAUUCCACAGCACAAUCACCCUACCGAGGACGAGCUGCUUCUGUUUCCUUCAUUGAUUACCAUUUG